CGACUGAAAAAAAAAAGAUCACCAACAGACGGUUUCAAGCUCCCCGCGACGGCAGCAGCCCCUGUUCGGAUCGGCAAUGUUGAGGAUGGAUGUAGCCUGCUAGAAAAAAAGACACCGGGGCACAGUGAGAGAGAGAACACUACUGCUGUGUAGCUAUGGAGAUCGUACGUGGUCGCUUUCUUUGACAGGUGUCGGAACUGGACUGAAUAAAAAGUAUCGAAACCAGCUUCAAGGAUGUACGCCAAGGGGAAAGGUGCUGUUGUGCCCUCAGAUAACCAAGCAAGAGAAAAGUUAGCGCUGUACGUAUAUGAGUACCUGCUGCAUGUAGGAGCACAGAAGUCUGCACAGACCUUCUUGUCAGAGAUACGAUGGGAAAAGAAUAUUACGUUAGGGGAGCCUCCUGGAUUCCUGCACUCGUGGUGGUGUGUAUUCUGGGAUUUGUAUUGCGCUGCGCCGGACAGACGGGAGAACUGCGAACACUCCAGCGAGGCCAAGGCCUUCCAUGAUUACAGUGCGGCAGCAGCCCCCAGUCCUGUGAUGGGGAAUAUGCCUCCUAAUGAUGGUAUGCCAGGAGGACCCAUGCCGCCUGGAUUCUUCCAGGGUCCGCCAGGCUCCCAGCAGUCUCCUCACGCACAGCCCCCCCACGGCAUGGGACCACACGGACAGCCUUUCAUGUCGCCACGGUUUCCAGGUGGACCCCGCCCCUCUCUCCGAAUGCCAAAUCAGCCUCCCGGGGGAAUCCCUGGGUCUCAGCCUCUCCUGCCAAACAGCAUGGACCCCACCAGACCACAAGGACAUCCUAAUAUGGGCGGGCCAAUGAGAAUGAACGCUCCACGAGGAAUGGGGCCCAUGGGUCCACAGAACUACGGGGGUAUGAGACCCCCUCCUAACUCCAUGGGUGGUCCUAUGCCUGGGAUGAACAUGGGACCUGGUGGUAGAGGGCCGUGGCCUGGUCCCAAUGCCAACUCAAUACAAUACUCCUCCUCAUCUCCCGGCCACUAUGUGGGUCCUCCAGGAGGAGGGGGGCCGCCCGGAACUCCCAUCAUGCCCAGCCCAGGUGACUCCAACAACUCCAGUGAAAACAUCUACACUAUGAUGAACCCUAUAGGACCAGGAGGAAACAGACCCAACUUCCCUAUGGGCCCGGGGCCUGAUGGACCGAUGGGAGCUAUGGGAGCCAUGGAACCUCACCACAUGAACGGCUCACUAGGCUCUGGGGACAUGGACGGGUUGCCAAAGAACUCUCCUAACAACAUGGGGGGUAUGAGCAACCCUCCCGGGACGCCGCGGGACGAUGGAGAGAUGGGUGGAAACUUCCUCAACCCAUUCCAAAGUGAAAGUGCUUCUAGGACAGCCCUGGGGCAUGCUGGGCCUCUAGUGAAGGCGGAGCUUCCCGACGCUGUCUGUGGCCUAGACAGGAAACAGAGACACAGGAAGUCCCUACUCUCUAACCCUGCCCCCUGCCUCUCUGACUUCUUGUCAGGGUCUGGACAAUGAGAGAGGGGAUGAUGGAGAGACUGGAUAACAUGGACACCCUUCAGGACACAGCAUGGUAGGGUUCUGUCAGUAACUGUCUGGAAGCUCGACAAACAUUUACAUUGGCAUUCACUUUUAUUUUGAUGUUUUUAUUGUUUCUAAUGGAUUUGAUUGUGUUUCUAAUGGAUGCAGGGGUGGAUACAGGGAACGAAUCUCGAAUGAUCCCCCUUUCCCUAUGUAGUGCACUACUUUAGAGGAAUAGGGUGUCAUUUGAGACCUAGACAUGGAAGUGUCGUCUAGCCCCCCUCCCCCUCGUUCACUCUGUGUAUACAUUUAAAAAACAAGUGUUGUGAUGUUUUCCAUUACUCUGUAUGUAAUGUAUUAUUGCUAUUCUUUUAUAAUAUUUUAUUGUUAUGAUUUAAUAAUAUUAUGAUUCUGUUUAUUUUAAAAUGUAGGAUUUAAUUUCUGGAUGUUUGUUGUUGUUGAAAGGGCACGCACCCACUGAUGACCCCUUCGUUAGUAACGUCACAGGACGCUGAACCUUCACUAGUCUCCUUAAGGAAAACCCACAGGAUAUACACCAUCUACUGCCCAGUCAGAGAACAGCACCUUGGUCCAUCAUGGUACUUUAAAUUGUAAUGUCCCUCUCCAUCCCCCCCGAGAAGGCGUUUUCUCUGUAGUAGACUAAGUGACCCUGAACAUGCAGAGGAUGCACAGUUGUAUUUAUUUGUUUAAUCUUCCUUUGAGACAGACUUAUUGUCAACCUGUUCUAUCUGCACACUCCGGAAUCACUCUGCACCAAUCAGCAUCCACCUAGAGGAAGACAUUUUGGAAGUGUCUGGUUUUUAAAAAAAUUUUUUUUUACCCAGAGGGCAGUUCUUCUGACCUGUGAAAUGAUUCUGCUUGGAUGCUUAAAGGACUCUUGUAACAGAGCUGAGCCAAUCAGGAGGUGGUGUGGCAAUUGCCAUGGUAACUGGCAAGACACCCCCCCCUCAAGAGGACAACAUCUGUCCUUACUCACACACAACCAACCAAUCGGCCUACCUACACCCUCCCCCUCCCCAAGAGGACAACAUCUGUCCUUACUCACACACAACCAACCAAUCGGCCUACCUACACCCUCCCCUCCCCAACCACCUCUCUCUCCUUUUGUGACGUCUCCAUCUGUCUUUGGUUUGUUUUGUAAAUACUGUAAAGUGAAUUUUGAUAUCAUGACAUGUUUUGAUAUUUCCGUCACAACCGAUGACCUGCGAAAUGAGUUGAUUCAGACCAACUUGGUUUGAAAAGAGACGGUGUGUGUGUUUUUACAGUACCUCACUGUUCAACUCGGACACAACUGGCGCCAGGAGGGACCCUCUUUAUUGGCUCAUUAUGUAGGAACUACAACUAACGUUAAGAGUCCAGACUAUUUCCUGGCCAGGUCAAGCUGUUAGGGAAAUCUCCUGUCCCUCGUAACGAUAGAUGAAAAGAAAAUGAUUGUUUUCUAUUAAGCCUUUUUCUAUAUUUGAAUUGAGAAAAGAUGUUAAAUCACAGGUUCCUAAUGAUAUGGAGAGAGUUAAGGGGGAAAGGCUUCUGGUGUAGUUUGAGAUACUGCUGUAUAGAUUCAACUCUGAACCAUAUUCACUAAGGGCAAAUUGGAAAUGCACCCAAUUCCCUAUAUAGCGCACUACUGAAGCCAAAAGUAGUGCACUACAUAGGGAAAUUGGGUGCCAUUUGGAACGUGCCCUAGUUUGCACCAGUGCAAACUGUUUAUUGUUGGAAGAGGAUAAUUAUUGGAAAACGAACCGUGAAACUGUUUAGUUUUUAAAAUGUGAGAUAUAUUUACUUACCAUAACUAGGGCUAGGAGUGUUUUAUGUGCCCUUGCCAGUGGAGGCUGCUGAGGGGAGGAUGGCUCAUAAUGUCUGGACUGGAGCGUGGAACCAUGUUUGUAUGUAACAUUUCACUGAUUCGGGCUCCAGCCAUUAAGCACAAGCAUCCGUCCCCAAUUUAAGUUGCACCGACCUCCUGUGGUCCUUGUCAUUUCAUGUGCUCCGGAAAAACUCAUGACCUUCUUUUGACCUUUCCACUCUGCUCAUACGGAAGAGGACGCCUCUAUCUGUGACCGCAUGGGCAGCGCCAUUGAGGCUACAACCCAUAGGAACCCCCAUCCGGUUGACUACUUUAGUAUGGCGAAAGCCCUCAAUGGCGCUGCCCUUGCUAAAACGGCAUUUUGGCCACUAUUAUUCUCUAUGGCUCUUACCUUUUUUCAAGUUGUUUUCUGACUGUGACCUGUUCAGGGAAACCUCCUGGCCCUAGUGGUGUCAAACUGUGCACCGGUGCAAACGCCUCUCCUGUAUGAAAAAUCAACGUUUGUCACAUUGUUGGUCAUUUGUGUCUUUCUAUGGUGACGUAUAAUACUGUUUCAUUCUGGGUUGAAAGGAGGGGACAGCGGGCGAGGACACAUUUGACUGUUCCUUGGCUUUGUCCAUCUCGCUAGUCUAAAGUAGCGUCCUCCUCUCCCUUCACCUGCACUGACGUGGAAGAUGGAUCUGUGCAGACGAAGGAGAUGACGUGAGGAGAGGAAGCCACUUUAAAUCUGAGCCGCAGGCCAUGUUUUUCCUCUGACGACAAAGCAGCAUUGGAUACGAGGCAGUUUGUUUUUCCAGAACAUUUAGUCCAUUACAAUGAUCCUGUGUUUUUAAAUUCUGUUAACCCCUUUUUAGAUUGGGUGCCACCUUGAUUUGAAGAUCCAACUGAAAGAACUUUGACCCAUCUCUUGCAGUGCUGUGUAAUAUAAAUGAUCCCAUGACAUUUGGUUGGAAUAUUGCCAUAUUCAGGUUCUUUUCAAAAGCAGCGGGAACAUAAUCUAAGGGGACAACAUGGUAUCAUGCCAAUCUGGAUUAAACAUGGUGAAGAACUGCUUCCUGGGUUUGCUUUGUAUUUCCUGAUAGGCUAGUUUCUACUCCUAAAUGUCUUGUGUAGUAAUAAAACGUUUCCUAUUUGUACGUUUUCUUUGUUGUAAUAAAGUUUCUUUAGAGACUGAUAAAGUUGCUUAUUGGGAAGGGGGAAAAAAGGGGGAGAUCUUGCAUCAACAAUAAAUGUCAGUUGUUUUGGGUUUUUCACCGAGUCAUCUGUGUUUUUUCACCCCUGUGUCCUUCUCGUUGUUGUAGAUGAUACAUCAAAAAAACAAAUAAAGUGAAUUCACUA